AUGAACGACGCCAAAAGAGAAAUGGCUGACGUGGAAGAAUUCGAAGGCCUUGUCCUUGCCGAUGUCAUCCCUAAACUGGAGAAAUGGUGGUUCCAGUAUCCCAACCUUCGGAAGCUGAAUUUACUCCUUCUCAGUGCCUUCUUGGCGCAGUUUACUUGUGGAUUUGACGGUAGCAUGUUGAACGGCAUGCAAUCUCUGCCUCUCUGGCGGGAAGCAUUUGGCGACCCAGGGGGCGCCCAGAAUCUGGGCAUGUUCAUUGCCGGCCGAAUCAUCAUUGGCUUGGGAACUGGCAUUGUCGCCGUGGCCGCUCCUCAGUUGAUGACAGAAGUGGCGUACCCGACUCAUCGCGGGAAAAUGGUGUCUCUAUACAUGACACAGUGGGUUGUUGCCGCAGUCAUCCCAUACUGGAGGCUGCCCAGUCUCUUGCAGGGCGCUCCAGCCAUUCUGCAGCUAAUUCUUAGCAUUUGGGUCCCCGAGUCUCCACGCUGGCUCGUGUACAAGGAUCGUCGAGAUGAAGCUUUGAGCAUCCUUUCUCAGUAUCACUCCUGCGGCGACCACGACUCUCGUCUAGUGCGCUUCGAGCUACUUGAGAUUGAAGCAACCCUGGAAGAAGAAAAGAAGCACAAGGCGAUUCAGUGGUCCGAAUCUAUCCGCACCAGUGGUAACCGUAAGCGCCUCUGGAUCUUACUUUUCAUGGGUUUCGCUGCUCAGUUGUCGGGCCUGGGUUUGACCGGCUAUUACCUGACCAAGAUCUUGAACAGCAUUGGCGUGACCAAUGCCAACACGCAACUUCUCAUCAAUGCAAUUGCUGCUGUUUGGCAGCUGUGUUGCUCUAUUCUCUUUGCUAUGCUUAUUGAUCGAGUUGGCCGACGCGGUCUGAUCACCUUUGGAAUUACUACCAUGUUGGUUGUCUUCAUAGUAUGGACUAUCUGUUCAGCCCUCAACGAGGAACGUCAGUUUUCAGACCGUCCUCUGGCGCUUGCUGUCGUUGCCAUGAUCUUUCUGUUCCAGGUUGGCUACCAACCAUUUGCCAUCUCAACAGUGCCCUACGUCGUUGAGUGUUCUCUCUACUCGUUACGCUCGAAGACAGCUAUGAUCUUCCAGUUCUGUGGCUACUCGCCUAGUUUCUUCACAGGUUACGUCAACCCCGUUGCCUUGGACCGCAUCGGCUGGCGUUACUACAUCUUUGCAUGCGCUGUUCUCAGCGUUGAAUGCGUAUUUGCUUGGUGGUAUCUGCCUGAAACACAGGGCAAGGGUCUUGAGGAGAUUGGUCAGAUUUUCGACGGCGACGAGCUUCUGACAGGUACGCAGGCCAUCACUAAGAAGCGCGAGGAGAAAUACCGUGGAUUUGAUGAGAGUAGUCUUCGUGAGCACAAAGCUCUCAGUGCGAGUCACGUUGAGAAAGGGGAAGAAUGA